CCUUUUUUUUCACACUAUAUAAAAAACAAGUAGUUGGAUUAUAGGACCGUGUGCUGUUUGUAGUGAUGACGUAUGCGGACGGUUACACAACCACAACUUAGAAAACAAUAAAACGCCCGCUUUAAUUCAUCGUCCGUGGGGUUUAUAUUACGUCACAAGGUGGGGUGGGGUCACGUGUGACAUGUAUAUAUAUGGAUUGAAUAGCUUGUGAAUUGCGGUUAAUGUUAAAAUCUUAACGCUUCAUAUCAAACGAAUCCCCUCGCCGGUGUAUCAGACGAGAAGCACGGGGGAGGCGGGGCGUUUGCUUUGCUCCAUCUUUACGUCCCGUGGGCCCGGGCGGGGAGGUCAAAGGUCGCCCAAACAACAAUGGGGGAAGUUUGUACGCCGUGGCUUUCCGUCACUUGGCGAGUUUGCAACUUGUUUAUGUGUUUGUUCUUCGCUCUUGCAGCGUACGUCCAGAUCAAUGAUCCGGACGCAGGGGUGUGGAUGGUUGGUUAUGGUGUUCCUGCAGUCCUGUGCGCGUGCGUCGGCUUGAAACCCCACGUGACAGAGACGUUGCCCUGGAGGCGCAUGGCUGACCUCCACGUGCUGGUGUCCAGCGCUGUCAUCGCCUCGUUGGGGUGGCGGCUUUACAGAGAGCGACUCCCAGACAUCCUCCAACAGGAGGAGGGCAGAGAAUUUUCUGGUCUGAUGUUGACGGCCGUUUGGCUUCUCCUGUGCCGCCACUCUGGAAGGGCUCCAGUCGGGGGGCUCAGAGUCUCAACAGCUGUCGCCAUCACGGUCUUCCCCUUCGUGGCCUGGGUUUACUUCUACGUCAAUAAGGAGCUGAGGUCAAACUGGCCUUCACAUUGUCAAACUGCUAUUUAGACCGAUUUAAAUAUUCCUUUUGUAUACGUUCUUGGGCUGAUAAUCCUGGACCGGGAAUACCGCUUGAGUAAAACCUUUUGUCGUAUAGUUGAAUACAAACUUGUGUCACUCGAAGGAUUUUUAUUUUUGAAAUUUCCGUCCAAUGUUUACAAAUUGUCUUUUUUUGAGUUCCAUUUAAAUUUGUUUAUUUCAUUUUUUUGAAUUUUUAUAUCAAAGUCU